AUCUUAGAAGUAACUCCUUUUCACGCAAAGUCUUCGAUUGUCAGCCUUACAAAGCUUGGAGAGACUUCAAUCUCGAAUUCGGACAAUUUCACAAAGCGUUUCCUUGAAAAGAUCAUGGGCAACGAUCCGUCGAAAAAAGGAAAAGAAAAAGCAACACAUCCAAAGAUAGUCUCCAAAGGAAAAAACAGCUCCAAAAAUCUCCGUUUGCUGAUUUUACACGAAGCGGAAUCCAAACCACCAAUCGAUGCUGUUGAUCAUUUUUGCGACGCAUUAAACGCCUGUAAACCUCCAGGAAGUUUAGAAAUCAAACAAGAAGGUGUGAAAAUCCUGGAACUUGACGGUUCAAGUUCUCUUUCUGGGUCCUUCCUCACGGAGGCGAAGAAUUGGAUUAUCGAAUGGCUGGAUAAAGAUGGCGUGGUUCUCAUCUGCUUGUUGUCAAGUCAAGACGUACACCCUUUCGCAGAAGAUAUUAAUUUCCAAGGAGGGAAGAUCGUGGCGUUCUCGUUUGGAAAAUGUCCGACCUCAUGGAAGGAAUGUAUUUCUUUGAAAGUCGACCUCAAAGCUGUGAGUAGCCCAAGCGAUUUUGAAGAGCCGUUGAAAGAACUUGUUGCCACUGUUAGGGCAGAGUGAACUGAAUGGAAGUGGGUCAUCGAGAUCUAGAAAACAGCAUCUCUAAAUUAGUAAUUUUAACUGAGCCAGAUUGUUGUCAACAAUUCCCGCUUUGAUUGGUCCAAUAAUUAAAUGACGUCACCGUCUCAACCAGUCAAAUGGGAACCUAAGCCUUAUCGUGUUUUUGUCAUUCUCGUUUUCUCACUUUUUAGGCCGAGUACGUGUUUUUUGAAUUUCCAUUGACUCUUUCCUCCUCCUUUGAAAUUUUCCUCGUAAUAAUUUGAGCAUUGUUCAAUUCCAGAAAAUCACUCAAAUGUUUUAAAAUCACGUCAGGAAUAAUGAUAUCACAAUGUAAAUGAAGCAACAGAGAUUGAACGGUGAUCGGCCAAAUAUUUGUAAAACAUUUAUAAUCUGUAUUUUGAAGAAAUUAAACUAGUUUGAGAAAGUGAUAUUAAAACCGUUUGAUCCUCAAAAAUUUCCAUUAAGUUCAGCUGAUUUUGCG